CAUGUCUACAUGUAAUCUUCUCCCAAAAAAAAAAAAUGUGCAAUCACCAUGUUGCUGUUCUAGCAUUCCCUUUUGCAACACAUGCUGGCCUUUUACUUGGACUUGUCCAAAGGGUAGCAAAUUCAUUACCUAAUGUGACAUUCACAUUCUUGAGCACUUCCAAAUCAAAUUCAUUAAUUUUCACUAAUACUCAAAAUUGUAACACCAAUAUUAAGCCCUUUAACGUCUCCGAUGGUGUCCCAGAGGGUUACGUGCUUGGAGGAGGAGGUAUCGAGGAGCUUAUCGGGUUGUUCUUUAAAUCCGCAGGCAAAAAUCUUCGAAAUGCAAUAGCAGCUGCUGAGGAUGACUCAGGAAAAAAGAUUACAUGUGUGAUGGCAGAUGCAUUUAUGUGGUUUUCUGGUGAGAUUGCUGAGGAAUUGAACGUUAGUUGGAUUCCUGUAUGGACUUCUGCGGCUGGAUCACUCUCUGUUCAUUUUUACACUGAUCUUAUUAGAGAAAAUGUUGGGAUCGAAGGAAUUGAUGGACGUGAAGAUGAAAUUUUGAAAUUUAUUCCUGGAUUUUCUGAGUUAAGGCUUGGUGAUUUGCCUGGUGGAGUUGUCUCGGGAGACCUACAAUCGCCAUUUUCGGUCAUGCUUCACAAAAUGGGCAAAACAAUAGGAAAUGGCACUGCCAUACCAGUAAAUUCUUUUGAAGAAUUAGACCCUCCAAUUGUCCAAGAUCUCAAGUCCAAAUUCAACCAUUUCCUCAAUGUUGGCCCUUUUAAUUUAACCUCACCACCACUCUCAGCAAAUAAUAUAGACAAAAAUGGUUGUAUUGAGUGGCUAGAUAAUCAAGAACCAAACUCUGUGGUUUAUAUAGGAUUUGGCACUGUUGCAACACCACCACCUAAUGAGUUAAAAGCUAUGGCUGAAGCACUUGAAGAAAUCAAGAUUCCUUUUCUUUGGUCAAUUAAAGAGAAUUUUAUGUCACACUUUCCAAAAGGGUUUUUGGAAAACACAAGUGAGUAUGGUAAAAUUGUGCCAUGGGCACCACAAGUACAAGUUCUUGAACAUAGUUCAACUGGGGUUUUUAUAAAUCACGGCGGAUGUAAUUCUGUUUUGGAGAGCAUAGCGUCUGGCGUGCCUAUAAUUUGUAGGCCAUUUUUUGGAGAUCAUCAUUUGAAUUCUUGGAUGGUUGAGAAAGUUUGGAGAAUUGGAGUGAAAAUUGAAGGUGGGGUUUUUACUAAGAGUAAUACUAUGGUUGCACUUGACUUGGUUUUGUCCAAAAAUAGGGAAGAAUUGAAGGAACAAAUUGGAAUGUACAAAGAUCUUGCUCUCAAAGCUGUUGGACCAAGUGGGAGUUCAACACAAAAUUUCAAGAAAUUGGUUGAGAUUAUCACAUCUUCCAAGUGAAAAUUAUGAUCCCCUUUGAAAGGGAACUCAAUGAUUUAUUAGUAUGGGUUUGUAAGAACUUAAUUCCAUUUUAGUUUAUCAUUAGUUAUCUUGAAUGGAUCGUCAAUUCUUGUCCAUGUAACAUUGUCUUUCUUCCUUUUGGGAGAUGUCUUAUUAUAUCAGUGAUUAAAAAUUGGACCUCUUGA